CUGCGAUACGUUCGUAGCUCUCGGAUCUCGUGCUGACAGCCUGUUAGUACGCGCGCCUGGCGCGCGCCGGCGCGGUGGCCUCGCGGCCCCGGCCGUGCCCAGAGUUCACCACCACGAAUCUGGCCGAGACGAUUAGCGGCUGGCUGCUGCGGCAUUGCUUCGCAGCGAUGCCGCGGUCACGCCGCGGACGCUGCGCCGGUGCGCGUCCCGCCUCGCUAGCGCUUCGACGACCGUCGCUCUCGUCGAGCGCCGUCGCGCCGACCUUUUUUUUUGUAAAGGCCUCAUCAUCAUCAACCACCCGAACUCGUGCUCGCCGACGCCGAGCUCUCGUGCUGACGCAGUUCUACUCCUGCGCGCGACGCCAUGGACACGCUCGGGCUAGAUAUAGCUAAAGCACUCGCGGGAAAGCUUGGCUGCAAAGUGAUGUCGUACAAGAGCCACGGCCGCCACGGCGGCAUCGUCAUCGUCAGCGGCACGUACGAUCCAGCUUUCAUGCAAAGCUUGCUCCGUACCGCCGCCGACCUGUGCAGUGCGCGCGGCUACCCCGCCGUGACGUUCCUAGUCGGCGGCGCCUCGACCGCGAGGAACGCCAAGGGCCGCAUCUGCGACCACACUGGUAUUUUCGGCGACUGGGGCGUCCGCGGCUCGAAACCCGGCGACUCGACCUUCACCUCGUUCGCCUUCGAGUUCCCAGAAGAUUGCGGCUUGUUGGCCGACGGCGGCAUGCAUCAGGCCGGCGUCGGUCUGGAGGCGACGGUGUGUCGGGACGUCGGUGCGGCCUUCGGCCUGCGGUACCCGGCGAUCCAGUGCGGCAACAAGAACCGCCUCGGCGCCAACUUCCUCUUCGACCUGAUCAACAAAACGGGCCUCGUGUACGUGGUCCUCGCGACGAAGCCGUCGACGGAGCCGCGCGAUCUCCUGCUGGAGGCGCAGCGCGGCGGCGCGGACGUGACGCGCGGCGGCGGCAUCAGCAGGGGCCCCAAUACGUCCUUUAAGGUGGACUGGAUGCAGGCGCUGCUCUAUUUGGUGGCCGCGCGCGGUCUGGCGCAGCGCCACUGGACGGCCAUCGCCGCGGCCCUCAACGAGGCCUUCGGGCUGGAGUUGACGAUGAACGCGGCCUACCAGAAGUACGCCGCGAUCGCGGAGCAGCGCGAGACGGCCUCGCCCGUGACGGCGCCGGUCUCGGAGGCUGAGGUGGCCGUGGCGCUCGACGCGAAGCGGUCCGCGGAGAAGCACCUCGCGGACCUCACGCAGGAGGUCGUGCGGGUGCUGAAGGCGCGCGCCGCCGCUCUCGCCGCUGGUGACGACGCGGACGAGGUCCUCGCGGCGCGCGCCGCGCGCCGACGCGACCAAGACCUGCUCCAACGGACGGCGUUGUGGAAGCUGGGCGCGCUCUUCGUGGGCGACGGCGCGCGGUUCUUCGCCGCCGAGUCCUCCGCGGGCGAGUCCUCCUCGGGCGAGUCCUCCGCGGGCGAGUCCUCCUCGGACAGUUCCGACGACGAGUCGAGCUCAGACGAGGAGGCAGCGCCGGCGCGGAGACUCCGCUGCGACGAGUUGUCCGUGUGGCCGCUGCGGCGCAUCGUGGCCAGGACGGGCUGCGUCGUCGUCCUGUCCUCGACGGCGCCGCGCGGCGUCGCGGCGGCCUUGGGCCGGGAGAUUGGCGCCGAGAAGCUGAAGGCGACCGCGGCCGUGGCCAACUCGGGCAGCGCCGAGGAGCGCCAGGUGCACGAGGUGCUCCAGUGGCUCGACCAGUGGCCCGCGGACCGCUGGGUCUGCCUCGACGAGACGGGCGGCCUCCGCGCGGCCUACGCGCGCGUGGCGCGCGCGGCCGGCGCCGUGCCUGUGUUCGCGGCGCGGUUCGUCAGCGCGGCGCCGUCCUUCGACGAGGAAACGCUGCGCGCGGUGACGUUCGACGAGGGCACGCCGCCCGCUGCCGCGGCGCCGCACGGUUCACUGCCGUUCCUGCCGCCGUCGUACGAGAUCACGCGGGCUGAUAUUGCGGGGCGGGAAAUAGUCGUGACCGGCAGGAACUUUUUGUCCCAGCGGAUAUUGGAGCUCGUCCUGGAAAUUAGGUUUGGAGCGAAUAUCAUGAGCAAGGCAUCCAGAAAGACGCACAUCGUCAUCGGGCCGGCGAGUUGCCUGGAGGGCGAGCGCGCGGACCAGUCAGCUAAUGCAAAGCACGCGUUGUAUACGCCGACGGAGAACCCGGAGAACGGUGGCCACGCCGUGUUCCUUGUGGACACGAAAUUGGAAGCGAUGCUGCGGAAAGGCGAGGUGGCGGACGCGUUGCGGGAAAAACGGGGGAGCCUGCCGGCGCCGCUCUACGUUACGGCGCUCGCGGUCCGGCCCUGGAGGCGGCAGGUCUGCGUCGUGACGGGCGAGGUCGACGGCUACGACCAGGUCGCGUUCCUCGCGGCGCUGCGGGACACACUCGACGCCAAGACGUGGGACCGCGUGACCGACGACACGACGCUAUUAAUCGUGGGCGAUUUGCGAGGCCGGGAGUCGAGCACCAAGCUCGACAUGGCGCGUGUGCUGAAGGUGAAGAUCGUGCGAGCCGCGGAGGUGCUGAAGCUGCUGGCGCCGCCCCCGGCGGUCUUCGCGGACGUGACGAACGGCGCCGGCCGGCCGGCGAAGAAGACACGGGUGUAA